AUGACGAGCUCGUUCCCUUCGAGCCGCGCGCCUGUCGCGUCCUGCGACGACCUGCUCUUUGCGGAAAUCUGCAAAGUGCUCGACCGCUUGGCUGACCCUUUUGCCAAGGCUUCGGACAAAAUGCACUUCUUUGCUCGCUACUUGCAGCGUUUCUCGCAUUUGCCGGUUUCGGGGCUCUACCCUCUGUUUCGUCUGCUCGUCCCUCAACUCGAUCGACGCCGGCCGCCGGCGCAGCUGAAGCAACCUCUGCUGGCACGUGUCUACACUCAAGUCUUUGCUCUUCCACCAGCUGCUGCAGCCCGUCUGAAGCUGUACAAAGACCCCACGGCGGCGACGGCCUCAGCUGUAUCCGGGGGGAUGGCCGUCAAAGCGGGAGAUUUUGCGAGUUUUGUGGCUGCCUCUGUCCAGGAGAGAGUCGGCAGAAGGCGCGCAACUGUUACAGUGAAAGAUCUGAAUCGGGAACUCGACCUCGUCGCGCUGGCAGGUAGCCUCGCAGAAAAGUCGGCGAUUCUGCAAGGCCUUCUCCCGCAACUGACAGUCGACGAGCACAAGUGGUGCAUGCGCAUUCUGAUGAAGGAGGUGAAGAUGGGUGGCGUUAGUGGAGAGCGCCUCCUGACGCUCCUGCAUGCGGAUGCCAGGAAAAUCAUCAACCAGUGCUCGGAUCUCAAGAGCACGUUGGAUGUGAUUGAGGAAGAGAAGGCGGAGGCAGCGCAGGCGAAGCGCGAAGGCGCCGAGGGCGACGCGCCCGCAGGCGAGAGGGCGAGCUGUCUCCGCCUGCUCUUCCAACCCCUGAGGCCCAUGCUGGCGCAGACCGUGCGGCCGGUCGCGUCCGAUAUCGGCGCCGUUCUUUUCGGCGAAGGCGGAAAAGUGACAAAAGACUCGAACCGACCCUCCGAAGAAGCGCGAAGCGAAAGCGCUCAGUCUUCAACGAAAUCGCCAGUCGCAUCUCGUCUCUACUUUAUCGAACGGAAGUACGACGGAGAAAGGCUUCUGGCUCAUAUCGACAAAACGCGGACUCGCUGGAGCCAGGCAUCUGUUCGUCUUUUCACCCGUCGGGGCCGUGAUUACACAUCUCUCUACGGUGGAGGCGGCCAGCACCGAUACUCUGCCUCUGCUUCUUCUGCGUCCGCUUCGUCACUCUCUGGGAGCGUGGGAAGUCGCUGGGCGAAGCGUGAGCGCUCGUCCUCUGAAGAGGAGGCGCGAGGUCAGCUCGACGGAGCGAAGAGAGGAAAGCGCGAACGAGGAGAGCCGGGAGAGGCAGGAGAGACGGGAGGCCUUCGUGGGCUCGCGGCGACGCUCGCGGAGGCCUUGCGAGGUUCUCAGGCCAUUCUGGACGGCGAGCUGUUGGCGUGGGACGACGAACUCGCGACUUUCCUCCCCUUUGGCACCAACAAAAGCGUGGCGGCGGCGGAGACGGCAACUUGCCAUUUGUCCUACGUGGUAUUCGACGUUCUGUACUACCGGAACCUCGAGGGCGACGAAUACUCGCUCUUGAACAUGAAGCUUCAAGACAGGAAAAGCGGCGGCUGGUUUAAGCUGAAACCCCACCUGGGCAGCUUGCCAGACACCCUUGACCUGAUAGCCGUAGGCGCGUUCUUCGCCGAAGGUUCGAGGCGACGGGAUAUGAGGUCUGUCCAUCUCAUCGAUCACUGUUCGCACUUUUUGCUCGGCGUCCUGGAGGGCAAAGGCGGCUCGGACGCGAAACGCGUCAAGUCCUUCUGCAAGAUCGGCACCGGCUUCUCGCUCGCGACGUUGCGAGAAAUCCGAGAUCACCUGCGGCCCCACUGUCGUCGCUUCCAAGCCGCCGAGCCGCCUCCGUGGUUCGAUGCAUGCACAGGCAGCGCCAGCAUGCGAGUCGACGUGACGUGGCCGCCGUCGUGCAGCUUCGUGAUGGAGGUGAAAGGCGCCGAACUUUCACAAGGGAAUGAAUUCGACGUGGGCGCGACGCUGCGCUUUCCGGUCGCUGUGCGCCCGUUCCGCCGCGACAAGGCUUGGCACGAGGCCAUGUCGGAGCAGGCGCUGCAUGCGUUUUUCGCUCUCGCGGAAGAGUGCGGAGGCCGCCUGCUCUCUCAGCCGCUUUCGACCGCGGACGCAGAGCCUGCGUCUCCGCGGGGCGGACCUGCGGCGAGAGAGAGACAGGGCAGGGUGCGUCCUCUGUACCAGCAUUCCGAAGAUUCUGAUGGAAGCGACUCCGACGAGGCACUGCAAAGCGGCAGCGCAGAUCUGCCGGGCGCGGGAGCGGGCGCAGGCGAGGACGGCAGCGUUGGUUUUUCUCCGACUAAAAGGCGUCCCAAUGCGCUGCCGCUGUCUCCCUUCCCCCUCGAGGGUCUGUCGGAGUCGGUCCCUUCUCGGCCCUCGCCUCUCUCCCGCGUCCGCUCGGCGUCUUCUGGCUUCGCUCGCCUCGCCCUCCUGGCGGCCUUUCGAGCGGCCGACACGUCUCUGAUCCAGCCGAGCUCGUCUGCGUUGCGAGGCACCCAUAUUUGGGUUCUUGCGGGGAACGAAGAGGCCUUUCCCAAGGCCUCCCUGGAGGCUCUCGUCGCUCACCUUGGGGGGAAAGUCUCGCAGACACUCUCGCCGUCUGUCACCCACAUCCUCGCCGACCGCCCGUCUUUUCGAACGCGGGCGGUUGCUGCAGCCGUCACCAAACUCGCCACAGAACGACAAAAAAAGUUGUCGCUCGCCGAGAAACGAAAACACACGAACUCCCCUUCCUCCUCGUCUUGCUCUCCUGCCUCGUCCACCCCUGCUUCGGCUUCGCGUGAGUCUGUGCACGUGGCCCCAGUCGUUCACUUUCGUUGGAUCCUCGAGUGCGCAGAGAGAGACGCGGCGGUCCCUCUGCGGCCGUCUUUGGUGAUUCACGGGACGCCCGAGACUGCGCGUUUGUUUGCGCGGCGUUUCGACAUCUUUGGAGACGCCUUCGUAGAGGACGAGGAGCCGACGGCGCGGGGCGAGGCGCGACUUUCGGCGCUUCUGACGCAUGCAGUCGACGAGGCAGACAAGCGAAAAACCGAAACACACGGCAAGGAGACUGAACGGCGAACGCGCGAGGAGACAGAAGGACGGGAACAGGCCGAAGAUGAAGAAAUAUUUGGCGUCUGCGAGACAGAGACAAACACCUUGAGGCGAGAGUUGGAGCCUUUCCUAAGAAGCGAGGAAGGCAGUCAGCAACCGCGGGAGGGCGCGGGGAAGACCGUCGCCACCCUUGAGUGA